CGCCUCUACUUUUCGCUCGGCACCUCGUGCGAGCAAUUGUCAGCAUUGCUUCAUGCCUCCACAACCUCAAUUAUGUUUUAACCCCAAUCCUUUUCGACUUAUAACACUGAUAUAUUCUGUCCAUCUUGUGUUGUGUCCCAAUGUCAGACGUUUUUGGUGACUUGUAAUUCCCUUCACCAUGGCUGAGGCUGCGUUCAAGCAGAUGAUGGCCACGUUUGUGCGCCAGACGAGGCCGCAGUUAUUUCGCCACACAAAGCCGUUUCGCUAUCCUCAGCGCUGUCUUACCGAUACAGCUGGUGCGACACCGCAGCCAAUCGCACCCGAAACUCCUCAAUGGCAGGCGCACACUGUACAACCAGCCGUGCAACAAAGUCGACCGGAGCGACAGCGUUUGGAUCAGCUUCGAACCGAGUCCGAACCGCGAAGCUUCUCCUCCUUCUUGACAGACAAUUACUCCAGGGAGCACAAUUACCUCCGCAUAUCUGUCACUGAACGAUGCAAUCUGCGUUGCGUCUAUUGCAUGCCCGAAGAGGGCGUACCGCUGUCCCCAUCGGCAAAGUUAUUGACGACGCCGGAGAUUGUCUAUCUUUCAGAAUUGUUUGUCGAUCAAGGAGUGAACAAGAUACGGUUGACUGGUGGUGAGCCCACCGUACGAAAAGAUAUUGUUGAUUUGAUGCAUCAAAUUGGCAACCUGAGAAAGAAUGGACUGAAAGAGCUGUGCAUCACCACGAAUGGCAUAUCUUUGGCUCGUAAGCUCGAUUCGAUGGUUGAGUCGGGCUUGACCGGCGUUAAUUUGAGCUUGGAUACACUCGACCCUUAUCAGUUCACCAUCAUGACUCGGAGGAACGGCCACGACGCUGUCAUGAAGUCUAUCAACAGAAUUUUGGAGAUGAACAAACUCGGUGCAGGGAUCAAGCUGAAGAUCAAUUGUGUCGUCAUGCGUGGUUUGAACGAACGCGAGAUCCUGCCAUUCGUGGAACUUGGUCGAGAGCAGGAUAUUGAAGUGCGGUUUAUCGAAUAUAUGCCUUUCGACGGGAACAAAUGGUCCGAGAAGAAAAUGAUGAGCUUCGGUGAGAUGUUGGCACUCAUCCGGCAGAAAUAUCCCGAUGUAUACAAAGUUGAAGAUCACAAGAACGAUACCAGCAAAACUUACGCCGUUCCUGGAUUUGCUGGCCGCAUCGGCUUCAUUACCAGCAUGACACAUAACUUCUGCGGGACCUGCAAUCGACUGCGGAUUACUGGUGAUGGUAACCUGAAGGUCUGUCUCUUUGGAAAUGACGAAGUCUCUCUGCGCGACAUCCUGCGAGAAUCCAACAACGGAAAGCCCAUCGAUGCCGAAGCAAUGGAGGCGAUCAAGCAGAUCGAGAUGGAGCGACGACAGAACCUCCCUAUGAGCACGGGUCAGUUGGGAGUCUCUGAAAAGGAGGCCAAGUUGUUGGACGUAAUCGGCAUGGCUGUGAAGCGGAAGAAGGAAAAGCACGCCGGUCUAGGCGAGCUGGAGAAUAUGAAGAACAGGCCAAUGAUUCUUAUCGAUGAUGCCUUCCCAAGGCUAUCAACAUCAGUGCCAUCCGGGAUCCCAGCAUUUCUUCCUCCCACGCAUCACAAUAGUGUUGCUCGACCAUACUCUGUGCCAUUGCACCUACUGCCAUUGCAGGCCACAUCGAGAUCAUGGUCACGGUCAUUCCACGCAGUGCCUUACUCUCCAUAUGGCUGUGAAAGUAGCCGCAGAAACUAUAGUCAGUCGGCUCAGUUGCAUGAAAGGCUGAGACUCAGCUCGUUUCGCUUCAUUCAGGGUCAACCAGGCUACCGGACGAUCCCGUCAGAAACACCCUACAAUAUUCCCGGUUACUCCAAGAGCUCAUGGCCAGAAACCAGACAACGAAAAGCACAGCAAGCAAUAUCCAAAGAGGCUCGCUUGAACAUACAGGCGACAUAUGCCAAACAUCUAUCAAAAGAAAUCGCGAAAAGAAGGACCAAAUACAUGUCACACGAGAUCGCGAAACAAAGAAACAGCAAUAAUCGUGGUGCGAAUGAAUCUCUGCCUCAUGCCCUCCAGCAACAGCUACGGCAUGCGUCAUCUUCAUCCCAUCAAGGCAAGGAUGAUCAACCUAAGCUCAGCCAUCUCACAGCCAGUGGUGAAGCGCAUAUGGUCGAUAUAUCAGGCAAGAUACCGACCAAGCGGUCCGCCACAGCGACGACAGUCCUUCUCUUCUCUCACCACCAGACCUAUGGCGCAUUACUCGCAGCGCGGCUACGUAAGGGUGAUGCCGUGUCUGUAGCUCGAAUCGCUGGCAUACAAGCGGCGAAGAAGACAGCCGACCUGAUCCCACUCGCACAUCCGGGCCUGAGCAUUACGGGCGCGUCCGUCCAGCUUGAGCCCUUUGUUGGGGACAAGCUCCCGCACCCAUUCACGCGAAAGACUCUCGGGCUCAAGCAGUAUCUUCAGGGAGGAGUCGCUAUUACAGCCACUGUGUCAUGCGAUGGCAAAACAGGCGUGGAAAUGGAAGCCAUGACCAGUGCCUCCGUCGCUGGGUUGACCAUGUACGACAUGCUCAAGGCUGUGGACAAGGCUAUGGUACUGACGGCCACGCGCGUGACUGCCAAAAGUGGCGGCAAGUCCGGCGACUGGAAGUGGGAUCCGAGUUACAAUAAGAUCGUGAAAACCGACAGCGCGGCAGAGAAUGACGCCCUGGAACACGGUCAUGAGCUUGUUCAGGCCCAGAAAGUGCAGGAUUGUGUCCGCCAAAAACAGCUGGAGAUUGACGUCGGGGUCUCACCUCCUCAGGUCAGCGGGAACAACUUGCCCCGCAGCGAAGGGUCGGGUCAGGCGACGUCAGACCAGGGUUCGAUCCAGGCGAAGACGCUGAGCUGGGCUGACAAGAACGCGCAAAGGAGAAUACGCAAGAAGGCCAUGAAGCAUGCGGCUAAAUCGACAGUUGCAGCAGGGCAGGAGUCCUUGCUCAGUCCAGUUACACAAGCGAUGCAACAGGAUGGCCAGGCCGCACAGGAAAUGAAUCCGUUAGUAAAGGCAUUGGACACAAGUAUAGGCGAGACUGACCAGCAUCACGCCGCCAUCUCGGGCGAGACGGUCUACAAGAGAGGCCGAGUCGACUCGGAGGACUUCAUGCAGGGCCGGCAGGAGCGAUAUGCGCACUAUUUGGAAGCCAGAGGCUCUGUGCUUACUGACCAGGGCCCGGGUCGAGGAUGAGUGUAGAUAUAUUGUCCGAUUGUCUACCUAGGUAGAUACUCCGUACAAAUGAACGGUAUUGGAAUCGUCUUCGGAG